AAAAUAGCAGCACACGGUCAAACCAAUGCUCCAAUGCUUAACCCCUAUCCCCAAAACACGACCACUGCCUACUGGAGAAGAUAAAAUCCCCGCAGAUGAGAUUUCCAUCUCCAGCAAGCUCCGACGUCCCUCUCCGCCGGACUCGACUCCCACGUCGCAUCCGAAAACCACCACUGUCCCCCCUUCUCUGACCAAUUCAUUGCUGGAAUCCACUAUAUAUUAGACAUAUACCUCCUUACCAAGUCUGACACUUCAGUAUUUAUUUCUAUCGCGGAUCUACUGCUCAGCUUUCCCUCGCCGGUACAUUUCUCCAGUUCGCCUCAGAUCUAUUUCCUCUACAAUUUCUAUUUUUUUUCUUUUUUUUUUUAAAUUUUGAAUGCCAAGGUUGAGAUUGUUUGGAGUCCUGGGUUAAUAUUUUUUCAUUUACAUUUCGGAAUUUCAUUGGUUUGUCGGUGGAAGAUUUAACCAGGGUAAUUUGGUAUUGUGAUUUUGUGGUAUUUGUUUUGUAGUUGGAUUUCAAUGGAGGUUUUUUGUCUAUAAGUGUACGAUUUGUCGGCUUCUGAUUUUUAUCUUUAUCUUUAUCGGCGUAUCAAAGAAAUUGUGCUUUUUUAGCAUUUUUGUUUGGGUGUUGUUCUUCUUUUGCAUCUACUGAUGAUUUGAUCCAUCUUCUAUGCAAACGUUGGGAAAGUUUGCUUUCUUGAGGUUGAGGUUUGGAGCUUCCUGGUGAUAUAUAUGUUUGAUUUUUGGAAAUCAAUCAUGUUGAAGAAAUGCCCUAGCGGAAACCAGAGGACAAAAGGUCUCAAGGUUAAGCAUGCUGUUCAGAUAUGCCUGCUAAUUGUCAUUGGCGUAUGGUUGCUUUACAAAGUGGAGCACUCACAUGCCAAGAAGGAAGGUUAUGAAGAGAGUUCUGUAGAAAUAUCAGAAAAGAUGCAGAGCAAGUAUGGAAUCUUAAAAUUUGGGAGGAAACACCUGCAACCAAAAGUAGAGGAAAUGGAGAAGGCCAUGGACAACAAGAGACAUGGUGAGAAAGAAGAAGAAGAAGAACCAGGAGAAAAGGAUGAAGAAGUUAAACCUGAAGCAAGGGAGGACGAAGAAGGACUGGGUAGAGAUGAUGAGAUAGAUGGGCAUGAUCAAGAUGAUGCUGAAGAGGAAGAAAUUGAGAAAUUGGAGGAUUUCCUUGACGAAGACUUGAAGGAUAGGGAAGAUGAAAAUGAAGAGCAAGACACCGAAGAGGACGAUGAUAUCGAGGACACGGUUUCAUCUGAGGAUGGAGCUGAGAGAACUGCUCGGGAGGAACAAGAAGAUCAUCACAAGGGGAAUGAUGCCUCCACGGCUAUGGUCCAGAAAUUAAAAGCAAUGACCACUGAAACUGAAAAUAGGGAGGAUUGAACUCUUAAGGACCUUAUCAUGGUUUAGUACUGGGAGAGCAAAUGCUCUUUGCAUAUAAGCCUGUUCCUUUUUCUCUUAUUUUUUUCAACUUUUCUAGUGUAUAAUCUAUGAAGGUAAAAUGAAAACAAAUGUACAGAGGCUUUGCUUUAUUUUGCUGGACAGUCACUGAUGCUUCAAUCAUUUGACAAUCAAAGAUUGAGGUGGUUAGUGCAUAAAUGAGAAAGUAAGAAGAUAUGUCGAUGCUUUUAA